CGAAAAACUUUGGGGAACUUGACUUUUGGCUCUUUCUCUUACUCCGGAACUAAUUCACAUCUCCUUAAUUAAUUAACUUUCAACAUGUUGGCAGCACGUACUGCUGGGCGCUCGAUUGCCGCAGCCCAAAGGGGCUUUGCAACCGCCGCCCCCGUGAGUUCUGUGGCGCGGAGUCAUAAGGUCGUCGUGGUCGGCGGAGGUACGGCCGGUCUGGCCAUCAGCCAUCAACUGCUCCGCUCCGGCAACUUCUCUCCGAAUGACAUCGCCGUCGUCGACCCCUCCAUGUGGCAUCACUACCAACCGGGCUGGACCCUGGUCGGCGGUGGCCUCAAGACCAAGGAGGAUCUGCGCCGCCCGUUGCACGGCUUGAUCGACCCGAAGCUCAAAUUCUACAACCAGAGCGUCGGCACCUUCGCCCCCGAGAACAACUCUCUCACCCUGGGCAAUGGCGAUCAGGUCAACUACGAGCAGCUCGUGGUCGCGCCCGGCAUCAACAUCAACUACGGCAGCGUGAAAGGAUUGCCCGAGGCACUCGCCAACCCGGAUUCGCUCGUCUCAUCCAUCUAUGGCUAUGAUACCUGCGACAAGGUCUUCUCCACCAUUGAAAAACUCAAGUCCGGUAACGCCAUCUUCACUCAACCCGCUGGGGUGAUCAAGUGUGCGGGUGCCCCCCAGAAGAUCUUGUGGCUGGCCCUGGAUUACUGGAAGCGGGCCGGUCUGUACAACCCCAGCAACCCCUCCAGCUCCGCCAUCAAGAUCGGUUUCGCCACCGGUCUUCCCUCCAUGUUCGCCGUGCCCAAGUACAGCGCUGCCCUUGAGGGUCUGCGUCAGGAGAGGGGCGUGGAAGGUCUCUUCCAGCACGACCUUGUCUCCAUCGAGGGCAACAAGGCCACCUUUGCCCGGCCGGACGGACAGGAGCAGGUGACGAGACAGUUCGAUCUGCUGCAUGUCGUUCCCAAGAUGGGACCUCAUGCCUUUGUGAAGAACAGCGCUUUGGCCAACGAGGCUGGCUAUGUGGAUGUGGACGCCGGCACCACCCGUCACACCAAGUAUGCCAAUGUUUGGUCCGCAGGUGAUGCUUCCAGCCUUCCCACCUCCAAGACCGCGGCAGCCAUCACCUCGGAGGCUCCUGUUCUCGUCCACAACCUGCUGAGUACCAUGGAGGGCAAGACUGCCGAUGCGAUCUACGACGGUUACGCCUCAUGCCCGCUGGUGACCGAGUACGGCAAGGUCCUUCUCGCUGAGUUCAAGUACGGCGGAGAGCCCAAGGAGACUUUCGGAAACUGGUUCGGCAUUGAUCAGAGCGUCCCUCGUCGGGCAUUCUACCACCUGAAGAAGGAUUUCUUCCCUUGGGUGUACUACCAAUCCCUGGUGAAAGGUACCUGGGCGGGACCUAAGGGUUGGACAAACUAAGAUGAGGCUGUGACUUUCAUGUACAAUACCAUUUACGGCGCAAUCGAUGUUCACUUCCAUAUACCUAGUACCAGCUGGCGUUUGAUCCGUUUCUUCUGUGUUUCUAUUCCUUCGCCUGCGGUUUGCCUUGAGGUCGGCAAGGUGCAAUGAUUUC